UGGAGCCGGCCGGGGCGGGGGCGGAGGCGGAGGCGGCCGCGCGGCCCGAGGCGCCGGAGGACGAGGAGGACGAAGAGGAGGCGCUGCCGCACUCGGAGGCGGUGGACGUGUUCCAGGAGGGUCUCGCCAUGGUCGUGCAGGACCCGCUGCUCUGCGACCUGCCGAUCCAGGUUACUUUGGAAGAAGUCAAUUCCCAAAUAGCACUAGAAUACGGCCAAGCAAUGACAGUCCGAGUGUGCAAGAUGGACGGAGAAAUCAUGCCUGUGGUUGUGGUCCAGAACGCUACCGUCCUGGACCUGAAGAAGGCCAUUCAGAGAUACGUGCAGCUCAGGCAAGAGCGUGAGGGGGGCAUCCAGCACAUCAGCUGGUCCUACGUGUGGAGGACCUACUACCUGACCUCCGCAGGAGAGAAGCUCACAGACGACAGGAAGAAGCUCCGAGAUUACGGUAUCCGGAAUCGAGAUGAGGUGUCCUUCAUCAAAAAGCUGAGGCAAAAAUGAACAUCCGAACACGGACAGCUCUGUGCCGGUGGCUGGUACCGGCUGGAACGAAGCUGAGCCCUGGGCCCGAACAGCAGAGCUGCGCGGCACGUGGGCCUGGCCUUGCAUACAAAAUAAAUCUACUUGCUCCUCAGUUUGAAGAGUAAGAAAGCCACA